CCCACACUUGCACAACGGCUGGCAGGUGGAUCAGGCCAUCCUUUCGGAGGAGGACCGCGUGGUGGUCAUUCGCUUUGGACACGACUGGGACCCCACCUGUAUGAAGAUGGACGAGGUGCUCUACAGUAUAGCUGAGAAGAAAUGGCAGAUAGUGGGGGAUCUUCCUCAUCUUGUUACGAGCCCUGUUUGGAUACCCCAGCUGUUUUAAAGUUAAAAAUUUUGCAGUUAUUUAUCUUGUGGAUAUUACAGAAGUGCCUGACUUCAACAAAAUGUAUGAGUUGUACGAUCCGUGUACUGUCAUGUUUUUCUUCAGGAACAAGCACAUCAUGAUUGACCUGGGCACUGGUAACAACAACAAGAUCAACUGGGCCAUGGAAGACAAACAGGAAAUGAUCGACAUCAUCGAGACUGUGUACCGGGGCGCCCGGAAAGGUCGCGGCCUGGUCGUGUCUCCGAAGGACUACUCCACGAAGUACAGAUACUGAGCUCAGCCCAGCCUCCGUGCACAAAAAUGGUGUGGAGUCAUUUUCAUGUGGAAAUAAUGGAAACUAUUUAAAGCCUUAGAGAAAGCAUCUGGAAGAGAACAUGAGGCUGAAGGAGUUGGAGGGUCUUUGCAGUGCGGGUUGCAUGGCCUCAACUCUCUGCCUGCCCGGCUGUUGUAUUUUUAUAUUAGCAAAUAUCUGUAAAUAUCUAGCUGAAAUAAAUAAAAUAUGCAGGGGUGGAAAAUCGUAA